AUGGACGUGAUGGCCAUCCUUGGGCUUAAAGUGCAAGGCACAAAGGCACCCGACCUCGAGCAGCAGAAUCAAAACACCAACCGCUUGCUCCUCCGAGAGCCCGAAUGGAGAGUAUCUUUGGUUAACCCGCAGUGCAUGAUUAACAAUCUUGGACCAACAUAUAACUCCAUGCCGCCACAGCGUGACGACAAGCAUGAUGACACGCUUACGCCUAAGGACUCUCAAGAACAAAAUGCACAACUGAGACAUGAGGUGACGAAACAGGCGCAGAUCAUCCUCGAUCUCACGAAGAAGCACAAAGAAGCCGUGGGCCGGUUUGAACAACACACGGCAAAUAUCACAUACGAACUCGAGGAACAGGAAAAGAAAAUUUCCGACCUCGAGUUCCAAAAAGGAAAGUUUGUUCUUGACCCCGAGGAACUACCAAAGAAGAUUGCUGAACUCGAGCGCCAAAAUGGAAUGCUGGUUCAUAGUCUCGAGGAACAGACUAGGAUAGUCUCUACGCUGGAAAAGCGGGACGCGAAGAUGAAGGAAGUCUUCGAUAACAUUUCCAGCACAAUGUUUUUGGAGCUCGAGUACCAGGAAGAACUGAUCAACGAAAUGACACCAGGCGAAGGGGAGUUUUUCCAGCUAAGCCACAAUACCCUAGUGGAUCUGGUUGAACUCAUUGAGCAAUGGACAGCAGACGACAAGCAUUCAGAGAUGAUGUUCAAUCUUGAAGAUGAGCCGCAGUUUGAACAGCUAUACGCGGAACUGUUGUCUCGAUUCAACGAACAAUCAUGCCAGCUCAAAAUGCAGGCAAUGAAGCUCGGUAGGCAGAAAGGCAUGAUUGACGAACAAAGGAGCAUUAUCUUCGAACUCGAGGCGCAGAAACGAAAGCUUGCUGGCGAUCUUGAAGAACAAGAUGGAAAGGUGGCUUCGUUGCUUGAGUUUUUGGAAGGGAAUGGUGUAGAAUUCACAUUCCUCUGGAACUAG